GGCUCCUGCGCGGUGCGCCUGCGUAAUGCAGCCGUGCACGUGUUCGAAGUGGGAGCGCCGACCCGGCCCGGAGGUUCCCGGAGAUGGAAGGCGAGAUGGAGACACAGGGUGCUGGGUCCGAGGACGGCUUCACUCAAGUCACUCGCAAGGGUGGCCGGCGGGCGAAGAAACGGCAGGCUGAGCAGCUGUCCGCAUCCGGGGAGGGCGGGGAUGCGGGCCGCAUGGACACCGAGGAGGCCCGGCCGGCCAAGAGGCCCGUCUUCCCGCCCCUGUCCGGGGACGGACUCCUGGGUGGGAAAGAAGAAACGAGGAAGAUUCCAGUCCCAGCCAACAGGUACACCCCGCUGAAGGAAAACUGGAUGAAGAUAUUCACUCCUAUUGUAGAACACUUGGGCCUUCAGAUUCGCUUUAACUUGAAAUCAAGGAAUGUGGAGAUCAGGACUUGUAAAGAAACCAAGGAUGUCAGUGCUCUGACCAAAGCUGCUGAUUUUGUGAAAGCCUUUCUUCUUGGCUUUCAGGUGGAGGAUGCACUGGCUCUCAUCAGAUUGGAUGACCUCUUCCUAGAGUCUUUUGAAAUAACUGAUGUUAAGCCCCUAAAGGGAGACCACCUGUCUAGGGCAAUCGGAAGAAUUGCCGGCAAAGGAGGAAAAACCAAAUUCACCAUAGAGAAUGUGACACGGACACGGAUAGUUUUGGCUGAUGUGAAAGUUCACAUCCUUGGCUCUUUCCAAAACAUCAAGAUGGCGAGAACUGCCAUUUGUAACCUCAUCCUGGGAAAUCCUCCCUCAAAGGUUUACGGCAACAUUCGAGCUGUGGCUAGCAGAGCAGCAGAUCGAUUCUGAUGCCAACUCUGUGCCUUUUCAUCUUGUCUUUGGACUCUCUAAAGAAAAAGACCUGCCAUUCUACAGGCUGCACAGGAAACCAUGUCACGUUGAGCCCGCGUCCCUUCAUUCUCAGCCAGACGCAUAAAUACCAAGGUUUAACCGUGUUUACCCUCAGUAGCUUUCAGGGCAACACAGAUGUCAACAUCUAACGCUGUUAAUAUGUAUAAUCUUUUCAUUUUAAAGGACAUGUAGCAGAUUCAUAUCAUACAUAAAUCUCUUAUUUGGCAGGAACUUCUGGUUGGCUUAAAUAUGUAUGAAUGUGUUAGUUUUUAUUUAUAAAUUUAUAGCUUUUUAUGAAUUUAUAAACAUCUCUUCUGUAUAAAUUGUAAUUAAAAGAAUCAUUUCAGGAAACCGCUGUGAAUCAUGACUCUUAGAGGUGGGGGCUUGGUGACUUUUUUCAUUAGGUCAAGCAGCUGUACGAACCAGUAAGCACUCAUCUUUAUACAGAUUUUUUUUUUUUAGAUAUUUUUUUUUACUUGAAAGUCAAGUUACACAGAGAGAGGAGAGGCAGAGAGAAAGAGAGAGGUCUUCCAUCCACAGGUUCACUCCCCAAAUGGCCGCAACGGCCAGAGUUGCACUGAUCUGAAGCCAGGAGCCAGGAGUUUCUUCCAGGUCUCCCAUGCAGGUGUGGGGGCUCAAGGACUUGGGCCAUCUUCUGCUUUCCCAGACCACAGCAGAGAGCUGGGUUGGAAGUGCAGCAGCAGGGUCUUGAACCGGCGCCCACAUGGGAUGCCGGCACUGCAGGUGGGGGCUUUACCUGUUACGCCACAGCAUUGGCCCCUUUAUAUGGAUUUUGUAGUUAGUAAAGACCUCCUUCAAAAGAUUAAUGGGAGAGUUUUAUUUUUUUUUCAAGUAGUUAAGCAAAGUACUCAGACAUGACCAGUGUUAGGUAAUUUCUUCUUUAUAGUAAUCAUGAAAUGGCAAAAGAAUGUUUUUCCCCUAAGAAAACUUCUGCAGUUACAAUAGUUUUUGUUGUUAAUAUUGGAAAGGCAGAGUAACAGAGUGAAGGAGAGAAAGAUUUCCAUCUGCUGGUUCACUGCCCAAAUGACUGAACAGCCAGAUCUGGUCCAGGCAAAGGCUAGGCCAGAACUCCAUGUGGGUGGCAGGAGUCCAGGUACUUGAGCCAUCAUCUGUUACCUUCCCAGGGACGUUAGCAAGGAGCUGGAUCAGAAGCAGAACAGCCAGGACUAACACUGACACUCCAUAUUCAAAGUUUUGACUAGCAUGUAGUAGGUACUUUUCUGGGAACUGUUUCCACAGCUUUCAUCAGGCUUUCAAGGCACUAGGCUGAAAGGAACCAUCACUAGGUAUUGAUGUUCGGCAUCAGCAAGCAACUGAGGCCCCAAAUUAAUAACAUCAACUUGGGACAAUCUGUUCUCUAUUUUUAAAGUAAGAUGUUUUGGUAUUUUUAAAAUUUAUUUUAAAAUCUCUUAUGUAGUCAACUCUCAGUAAUAAAGAGAACAAAUACAGUUGCCUGACAGGGUUAGUCCCCAUGGAGUUGGGGCACUUUUUAGGAGGUGGGUCUAGUGGGAAGUCUUACGGUUCCUGAGGAUGUGAGGUGGUCAUUAUUGCAAGAGGGGGGUUAUAAAAGCCUGAGCUUGAGACCUGCUGAGGUGUGGCAGUUUGAGCUACCACCUGUGACACUGGCAUUGCCUACAGGAAAGUCUUUUCUAGUCCUGUCUGCUCUGCUUCCUAAUGGGCCUGGGAAGGUAGCAGAUGAUGGCCCAAGCACUUGAGCUGCUGCUAUACAAGAGAGACGAAGAUAGGUGUUCCUGGCUCCUGGCUUUAACCCGGCCCCCAUCUGGCUAUUGUACCCACUUGAGGAGUGGAUCAGCUGAUGGGAUGGGAGAUCUAUCAAAUAAGUAAAUCUUUGGUUCAGGGGAGGAAGCCUGAGUUUGGGCUCAACCACUCUUUGCUUCCUAUUUCACUAUGUGAUCCUUCCUCCAUGUGCUCCCAUGGACCUCCCUGCCAAAGCCAAAGCCUUUGCCAUGCCUCUCCAACUGUGAUCUUAGUACUCUUCAUAAAUUAGCUGCCUUUUUAUAGUAAUGGGAAACUGAUAUAGGCAUAUACUCAGGUUGAACUGCUGGAUCUUAGGGUGCUUAGUAUUUUUUGGGAAAUGCUGCAGUUUCCAUAGUGGCUAUACCAUUUUCCAUUCCCACUAGCAAUGCACAAGGCUUCCUGUUUCUCCACAUUUCUCCAAGGUUUUCUGAAAAUUUUUUUGGGGGGAGCAUAAUAGUGCACCUUAAUGGGGAUAAAGUGGUAUCUAAUUAUCUUCAGUUGCAUUUCUCAAAUCACAUAUCUUUCCAUGUGCCUCUUGGCCUUCUGUAUAUCUGUUUUACUAUUCAAGUUUGUUGCCCAUAUUUUAAUCAGGUGUUGAUAUAUGGUUUGCAAGUAUUUCUUACUACUCUGUGUGCUGGUAUUUCACUUUAUGAAGCGUCAUCCACUUUAAAGACUUACAAAUUAGGUAGAUAGGAGUUGGGCUGGCACUCCCUAUAUGGGCACCAGUUCAUGUCCCUGCUGCUCCACUUCCUGUCCAGCUCCCUGCUAAUGGUCUGGGAAAAGCAGCAGAAAGAUGGCCUGAAUCCUUGGGCUCCUGUCACCCACAUAGGAGACGUGGAAGAAGCUCCUGGCUCUUAGCUUCAGCCUGGUCCAGCCCUGGCCAUUGCAGCCAUUUGGGGAGUGAACCAACCAGUGGAUUGAAGCUCGCCUUCUUCUCUAACGGCCUUUCAAAUAAAUAAUCUUUAAAAAUAAAUAAAUAAAAGGGAGAUGUGACUUUGUGCCACCUACCUGCUCAGGAUUUACAAGCUUAACUCCUAGGAUACCCUAAGGAGCCGCAGAUCAUUUGCAUAGUAUCUCACUAGUGUGCACUUGACAAUAUGGAUGUCCUCAAAAAAUAUAAUCCUUACCUUUUAUGCGCAGUGACAAAAGUACUGAAAAGUGUUAUGAAUUCAGUCUGUAAAUAGGGCGUAGGUUUAAUUCAUUAUUUACUGGGCAGUCACUAAGAACUGGCUAUUCUUCUGGACAACUGGGGCUAUCAGUGAACAAGACAGAUCUCGACCUUUGUGGAGUGGAGAGCUUUUAUUCAACAGCCAAUUAAGACAAAUAUACAGACUCACAGAAAAGGACGAAUGCUGUGGGAAGGGGAAAAAAUGAAGUGGGAGAAAGCCCAGAUACAUUUGUAUUUUAAAGUAGAGCAGGCAGGACAUACCUGAACAAAGCCUUGAAGGCGUGAGCUAAGAGACUGGGAAGUCUGAGGUGGUAGCAAGCCAAAGGCUGCAUGUGCCACAAGGAGCUCAGGUGGCUGGGGCAGGGCAGAGCAAACGAUAGUAGUAAAGGAAGAGAUGAGGGCAGGGAGGGGCGGAGGCAGAGUUGUUCUCCAGGGCUUUGUAGUGACUUCUUGCCUCUUACUCAGUGAUAAAGCAUCUUUAUCCAUGCCCUGCAGAUUCAAUACUGCUUCACUGGUUGUUGUUGUUGUUGUUGUUUUUAAUAAAGAAUUAAAACUAUGGCUGUGAAAGUCCACCAAAGACUACUGAAUACAUUCAAACAAGUUUCAAAUAUUUUAUUUUCUUAUUCAUACAGUAUGAAGUUUUCUAAAGAUCCCACAACAUGACAUAUCAUGCAGAAGAAAAACUAAACAUUCAACAUAAACCACCCCAUCCCUUCCCCACCCCCACACACAAACUAAAAAAAGAAAAAAGAAACAAAACAAAACAAAACAAAAAAACAAAAAAAACCCAGAGAGAAACCCUCAUUCCCCAGUAAGGAAAUAAUGUUUGCACUAUUUUUCUGUAACGCCAGCCAAGAUAUGCACAAGCAAGAGAAAUAGAAAGCAU